AUGGAGUCGAAGUCGUACCCUCAACCAGCCUCCAGCUUCGAGGGUAAUACUCCGUUUUGGCGGACAGAGCCACAUAAACUAGAUGCCCAUAGAUCUACGCCAGAUUUACCACCAACAUGCGACAUCUUGAUCGUUGGAAGCGGUUACUCUGGUGCAUCCGUUGCAUAUCAUAUAUUUCAAGGGAACGAGACACCACCAAGCACUGUCUUACUAGAAGCUCGACAGCUAUGUUCUGGAGCUACUGGGAGAAAUGCUGGCCAUCUUCGACCUGAAAUGUAUGCCCAUGCCUCUAAAUUUAUUUCACGCCAUGGGGUCGAAGCAGCAGCGGAAAUAGUCAAAUACGAAAUAUCCCACCUUCGAGUUCUCGCAGAUGUGAUCGAACGCGAGAAGAUAGAUUGUGAUCUUGUGUUGACCAGAUCGUUCGACGUCUACUUUGAUCAAGAAGUGAUGGACAAGGUCCGCCGUGGAGUCGAGCCGUUGGUAUCUAACUCUUAUCAGCAGGGGAAAUACGACUUUAUGAAGGAUGCGGAGUUUCGAUUUCCUACACCAGAGCAUCCGUUAAGUGACGACGAGGUAAAAGAAACAAAAGUCAAGGGAGCGAAAGGGUUUGUAUCUUUCCCUGCAGGCCAUAUAUGGCCAUACAAAUUCAUAUCUGGGCUACUGGAAAUUGCUGUUUCCAAAGGGUUGAAUCUUCAAACCAACACUCCAGUGCUAGAAAUUAGUCCCAAUCGCGAUGAAGAAGGGUACUGGAAGGUCACGACCGGUAAUGAUAGAGGGAUUAUCCAUGCCAAGAAGGUUAUCCUAGCCUCGAAUGCGUAUACAUCCGCUUUGGCUCCCGAAUAUGAAAAGGCCAUUGUACCCUGUAAGGGUUUAUGCUGCCAUGUUGUGGUUCCAUCGCCAGCCGAGGAUGGUGGAUGCCAGAAACCGCCGCCGCCAUGCUUAACGAACACAUAUGUUACCCGUCACGGCUUCGGGGCAGGAGGAUAUGUCAUUCCACGCCCCGACGGGAGUAUGAUUGUUUGCGGAGCCAGUCAUACAUUCACACCAUUUUUGGAGCAGUGGCAUAACAAUGCGGACGACGGUGUGUUGAUUGACGUUGCUAAGCAUUAUUUUGAUGGGUAUAUGCAGCGGACAUUCAUCGGCUGGGAGGAUAGUGGUGCGUACUCAAAGGAGGUUUGGACUGGCGUAAUGGGCUAUUCCGCAGACUCCUUGCCACAUAUUGGAAAAGUACCUUCAAAAGAAGGCCAGUUGAUCAUUGCUGGCUUCAACGGACAUGGAAUGCCGGCAAUUGCUCAUAUGGCUCUCGACGAAAGUAUUACUUUCGAGGACACUGGGCUGCCUCGCGUUUACAAGACGACAGUUGAUCGGCUACAACCAAUGUAUAACGAUACGCUGCAGCCAUAA